GCGUGACGCAACUUGUUCUACCAACUCCAACCAACGCAAGGCAGCGCCGCCGAAACAAACUCAAAGAAUUAGCGACAGAAGAGCUCUAUAAUAAGUGGCAUCAUCAAAUACGAUAGCGCUACAAGCUUCCUACGCCUCUCAUCCACCGCUGUUCGCCAACCCACAAUGUUGCUUGCUUCUCAGCCGUAACCAUGAGCCACGAUCCCCUUCCUCCCAUCGCCCCCGCGAGGGUCAAAGCCUUGCUUCUGCCAGCUGGCAAAAUAAAGUCGGAUAGAUUUGCUUCCUUUGUGAAGAGGCUGCAAUCGGAGCAUGUCGUCCAGUUACCCGACGUGACUCCCGAUGGGCGCCCUAAUAGGAACAUGUUUUCACCCCUCGCUUUUCGUGAUGGCGCCAUACUCUACGAACUCAUUACCCAUGCGCCACCACCUUCCCACCUGGCUCUCUCUCCUUUCGAUCUAUACCGCGAACCGCUCGUGAUUGUUGCCAUAGCCGACGGCCAAGAGCUGAACGAUGCCACAUUUAGCAAACGAUCCUCGUCUAAUGGCGCAGGCCCCACGAUUGCCGAACGAAACAUCCGAGCCUUAUAUCAGGAGCUGGAGGACCUGCGCGACACAUUCCCCAAGGCUCUUGUAUACCAGACUCUUAUCUUUGAUUAUGAAAACCCAGACAGUAUAUCAAUACCGGAGGGGAUUGUUACUGUUCCUUCAGAGGCAAAGAGCAAACGAACGACUAUGAAGACAGUCAUGUGCAGCAUCUCGUCUUUGCUUCUCGCGGAACUGACGACGCUGGCCAAGUCCUUUGAGGCCAUGUCGUCGAUUGAUUCGCCAGGUCAUUAUACGGCCGUGAGACACCUUAAUGGUGGUUUGGAUGGAUCAGGGACAGGAAAUCCCAGACGAAAUUCCCAGUUUGCGCUGCCACAGCAGCUAAUGCGGUCCAGCUCCGUUUCUGGGGCCUCUGACAAAGCUCACGCCCGCAUGUCCAUGCCACCGGUCCCGACUAGAUCAACAUCCAAUGGAGGGAUAGCGGCAGAUUCAACGCCUGGUACCCCGACAGUGGCGAGCCACACGUCUGGGACAGCUGGCUCAGAUGCUUUCAGCUCAGCAAGCAGUACGAGACCGUCCUCUCCAGAAAGCAAGCUUCCCCGCUCAGAGUCUGCGCAUGUUAUGCGUGAUACGAGUCGCGACCGAGUGUCUAUGCAAGGAUUCGGCCCUGGAGGUGCCAACGAUAAAUGGCGUCUGCGCGGCAAAGGACGUGUAUCUAUAGUCAUUGGCUCUAUGUAUCUGCAGGCUGGUCGCUGGAACGACGCCAUUAGAGAGCUAAGCGAAGGAGCUACUGCAGCCAGAUCUCUUAAUGAUCAUAUAUGGCAUGGAAAGGCCCUGGAGCUUAUUCUGAUGAGUAUGUUUCUUCUAUCAUGGGCCAAAGUCGACUUUACGAUCCCACAAGUCUGCAUGCCAUCACAAGAGCGCCCUGGCUCUGCCAGCGGUACAAAACCAGAAGUGGAAAAGAAGGAUGCUUCCCAACAAAGCCUCCAAAGCUUACAGACAAUUCUCCCAGAGCUCUUGGAGCGCAUUAUCAACCUCUAUUCACGGAUAUCAAGCGAGAGCUUGCCACCACUCGCAUUUUCCGAAACAAUCAUAAGAUUCUGCAAGAUUCUAUUGGCACUGCACAUCUGCGAUGGCGAGCUAAACGAAAAGUUCUUGGAUUUAAUAGUCGACGGAAAUAUGAUUACAUCUACGCUCACAACAUCUCCCCGCCUAAACAUCACGCCAUCUCGACAACAGAUUGUCAACCUGCUCUUCAAAGCUUUCCCAUCAGCCUCGCCCGAAGUUUUGAGCAAUGCGGAUCGUAUUUCGAUCCUUAGUGGUGUCGUAGCCGUCCUGGGCCCUCUUGGAUUCCAGAGAAAGAAGGCUUUGGUACUUAGAGAGCUAGUAUCGGUCCUUAUUGGUGGGCUCGUUGAAGCUCGUACCAAAGGUGCUGCAGAAGCUGGUGUUCAUCCCGCAGCCGGUCUGGUUAACCUUGCGUCUGCUAAAGAUGUCGGAGGGGCUAUGGCUCUAGAUUUGCGAGAAGGCGAUAUUGAGCACGGUAUAGAAGCCUUCCUCCGUCUACUUUGUCGGGCAUACGGCGUUGUUGGCUUUAAGUCUGCUAUAAAAACCGAAGACGAAGAGCAGGAUAAUCUCAAAGACUCCGACGAAGCUGUAAUACAGCGAAUUAAAUCGCAAUCCGCACUACGAUGCUUCGGAUUUUCGGACAUCAAGGUCGAUAUUCUCCGGUCAUGCGUCAACUUUGCCGAAGCAUUGCCGGAUUUCAGAGGAGUUCUGACAUUUUCAAGUGACUUGCUGAGGACAGCUGGGUCUGGCGUGGCUCCUGGUUCGCGCCGUGAAGAUGCUACUCCUCUGAUCAGUCGAGAAGAACAAGCACGUCUGGUAACCAGCAUAUCGAGGACAUGGGGCCUGGCGCAAAAGCUAGGUUCUCCCGACGUGGCGGCCGAAUUCUGGGACGAAUUCUUGCUUCGUGGUAUCGAUCUCGAACCGCUCCCCAUUACAAGAACGCCUAUUCCGCAUGCGAAGAGCGCCUUACCAGGUGCAGCUGCCAGUCGAGCAUCUCAAGAUGUGAACCCGUUCAUCUACAAUCCAUUUCUCAAGGAAGCAUCGGAAGUUUCCACUGAGAAUCUUGUCGCUGGCGAACUUGCAAACUUCCGUGUUACAUUACAAAAUACAUACGAAGUAGAGCUUGAGAUUGAGAGCAUUGAGAUUGAGGCUACCGGCGUCGCGUUUGAGGCUAUUGCUGCAAGUACCGUUAUUGGGCCGUAUAGAACGCAAGUACUCAUCCUCAAGGGGCGUCCUCUGGAGGCUGGCGAUGUCAAGAUCACUGGUGCCAUUAUCAAAGUCAGAGGGUGCCGUGAGCGCCGCUUCCCGAUAUUCUCCAAAGCAUGGACCUUAUCCAGGGCAGACAAAGUCAAAUACAAGGGUGUAGCCUCGGUUGAUGAUAUUAUUACCAACCAAAAAACCCUUGGUCGGCAGUUAGAAACAAACACCUUGUCGCUCAAGGUGGUAAGCCCGCAGCCGAUACUUGUGGUAAAGUCGACAUCUCUGCGACAGUCUACCGUUAUGGUACUCGAAGGUGAACGCCAGAUCUUCACCGUAACCUUACAGAAUUCAUCGACAACACCGGUUGAUUUCAUGCUGUUUUCGUUUAAGGACUCGACACAGAAAGCGAUUCAGACGGCACUAAGCAACUACGACACGACACCAGCGGAGCUCUACGAAUAUGAAUUAAUUUUAAUGAAGAAACAGGCACUUCGUCUACCGCGAAGUGACCAAAACAGAAAUAUUGGCGCGGGCGAGGAGGCCACGUUUGAAUUCGAAAUUUUGGGCAAAGCCGGUCUGACAAACGCCGCCAUCCAAGUCGACUACACUUACUUGGGAGUUCGUCCUGAGGAACUCAACGACAAGUUCUACACCAGACAAGUGUCAUUAGAUAUUGCUGUAACUGUCAACGCCAGCAUUGAUAUGACACGUAUCGACCUAUUGCCACUGCAUGGAGACUUGCCAAAGAGUCUCUGGGACCGUGUUGGCGGGCAGGGGCAGGCUAAAGCUGACGAGUACUGUCUUUUGUCUUUGGACCUGCGCAACUCAUGGCCGACGCAAAUAUUUGUCAAGCUUGAAGGUGAUGAUGGCAUGUCCGUUGGUGAGAGCAUUCUUCCUGGCAAGACAUCGCGUGUCAUGUUACCGCUUAAGCGCAUCUAUCUGGCCGACCCGCACGCGGCUAUCCCGAGCCUAAACCCAUCACGAAACCGGCAGUUUGUGGUUAGCACCAGCAAGAUUUCACCUUCUAUGGAGCGAUCCAACCGUGAAGCAUUUUGGUACCGCGAGCGAAUCCUGGAUGCUCUAAAGGCAACGUGGUCCAUGACAGCUAGUCCUAAGAAGACUGGUGUGCUGGAUUUGCGCAAUAUCCGACUGUCGCCGCGCAUGAUUGAUGUUGUCAAGAUCAACGAUGUGGAUAUAGACAUAUCCAUUGUGUCCGACAGUACGGAGGACAAGGCUGCUAAUCAUGAUGUUGCCUAUGUCGACGAAUUCAUCAAGGUCAAAGUCGAAGUUUACAACAGAACAGCGCAGCCGAUUGUGCCGCUGGUGCGCCUAAUGCCUGCUCUGUGCCACCGCCCGCUUACUGUCGCUUUGGAGUAUACUCGGAAGUUUGCGUGGAAUGGCACGAUGCAGCAGCUGCUGCCGGCUAUAGCACCUCAGAAUUCGGGAGAAUUCGUUCUUGGUGUGACAGUAUUGUGCCGCGGCCAGUUUGAACUGACAGCGUCUGUGGAAGAAGUUGUGCUGGCUGAUGAGGACAGGGCUGCAAAGGAGAAGCAGGCACGACACCGCUCCGGCUCGCAAAUGGGCGAGGUCUUGGUGGGAAUGAAAGAGAGGCGAACGUGGCAUUCAAGAGAGCCGUUUUUGCUGACGGUACAGGAUCGAGAGUAGUAACAAUGACUGGGGUUUUGUUGUUGUAACUGUUGAGGUCGGUUGGCUGUAAGCCUGCACAGCUUGUCUAAUGUAAAUACGUGACCAUAUGAAGAAAGAUUUUAUUCUGAUCUGAUCUUGUGCCAUAUCUUGAACUUCUUUUUUUACCUAUCAAAUACUUUU